AUGGUUUCGAAGCUUAUAGUUGUAUGCUGCUUACUAACGUAUACUUUGGUCAUGGCGGCAGCAUUAUCAGAAGCUGAGCCUCCGGCAACAAGGAAGAUCGGCAGGCACAACUGGUCAGGAGAAGCACCGGAGGUUUCACAUUUGGAUGAGACUGUACGGCACGAACACCACCAUUCCACGGUGGACAAAUCGGUCGCCGGCGGUGGAGUUAUACUCGGGGGUUUAGCGACUACGUUUCUUGUGGCGGUGUUUUGUUAUAUAAGGGCUACGAGGAAACCGAAGCCCAUUUACGAUGAGAAGGAGACUGAGACACCUAAAGUUUUAGUUUAGUUUCUCUUUUUGUUAAUGUUUAUGUACAUU